GGACCACUAACGUAAUGUCGGUGAUUAAUGGAACACCGACUGCAGGGGACAGCACUCCGAAGAGCUCAUGCUUGGAGUUCUGUUUACAUUAUGGCGGCCGUUUCAGACAACCAGCAAUUUGCAAGGUUUAGUGAAGACAAUGAAGAAAAAGACUGCGAAGAGAAAAGGGCAACGCAUGAUCACUUCAAAGAAAUAGAUGAAGUGAGGGGACUAAUUAAUUCUCUUAAAGAUGUGUGGAAUGAUUUGCGCAGGUCGGAGAUGGCCUGCGAGCGGUUUACAAGUAUUGUGGAUGAUUAUCAAGAGCAGCCUCACCUCAUCGAUCAAUAUCUAGAGGAACUUUUGAGGAAGCUAUUGACAAUUGCCAAAGACCCUUCAUCUUCAAAACAGCUGUCAAGGGAGGCUUUCAAGUACAUGUAUCUGCUAACCAAGAUGCGAGGCUUCAAGAUUGUGACACGUUUGUUACCUCAUGAAGUAUCAGACAUGGAACCUGUCUUAGCACUCAUUGAAUGUCAAGAUCCAACUGAUGUAGAGGCCUGGCAGACACGCUACAUGCUGUUGGUUUGGUUGUCAAUUGUCUGCAUGAUUCCAUUUGACUUACAUCGACUAGACAGUAAUCUUCAGACUGGUGAUGGGUACACAAAGCCCCCAGUGAUGGAGCGAAUCUUGAGAAUUUCACAGACGUAUCUAAAGGUAAAUGAUAAGUGUCGUGAUGCAGCAGCAUACUUAAUGUCGAGGUUUUUGACACGGCCUGAUGUCAAAAAAGAAUGCCUGCCAGAGAUGAUUGACUGGAAUCUCAAAAUCAUUUGCACAUCAGAUGUGGAGACUAUGAAGGGUUUGAACUGCAUUGUAGGAUCUCUUGCAACACUGGCUCUUCUAUUCAAGCAAGGGAAGCGAGAAGAUUUGCUUCCAUAUGCAUCUGUUGUACUAAAUAAAGUAGCUUCGUGCAACUUUAUGGAGCGCAAUAACUCUCUUUUGAGAAAAACCACAGCAAAACUUAUCCAGAGGAUAGGACUUAUCUUUCUGAAGCAGAGAAUAGCAGCUUGGAGGUAUCAGCGGGGAAGCAGAUCUUUGAUUGAUAGUUUAGGAGGACCAGGGGCUCUAAAGACAGCUGGCAUUGUCGGUGGUUUGUCUGGUUCUUGUGAUGGCCAUGGAGAAGACCAAGAUGAAGAGUUUGAAGUUCCAGAAGAGUCAGAAGAGGUCAUCGGACAGCUGCUUGGAUGUUUGAAAGACAAAGACACAAUAGUGAGAUGGUCAGCAGCUAAAGGUGUUGGUCGAGUCACAGGACGACUACCUAAAGAGCUGGCAGAUGACGUGGUUGGCUCAGUUCUGGAGCUGUUUAGUUACCAAGAGACUGAUGGAGCAUGGCAUGGAGGGUGUUUGACUUUAGCUGAACUUGGAAGGAGAGGGCUUUUGCUUCCCCAGAGACUGGCAGAUGUGGUGCCAGUAGUCUUGAAAGCUCUACUGUAUGAUGAGAGGAGGGGGAGCUACUCAGUAGGAUCACAUGUGCGUGAUGCAGCCUGUUAUGUGUGCUGGGCAUUUGCCAGAGCUUAUGACCCAAAGGAAAUCGUUCCUUAUGUGAACAAAAUUGCAAAUGCCCUUGUGAUAGUGUCUCUCUUUGACCGAGAAGUGAAUGUAAGAAGGGCAGCUGCAGCAGCAUUUCAAGAAAAUGUUGGGCGACAGGGAACCUUUCCUUAUGGCAUAGAUAUAUUAACCACAGUUGAUUACUAUGCUGUAGGAAUUUGUAGCCACUGCUAUCUGGAUCUUAGCAUGUUUGUGGCUCAGUUUGAAGAAUACACUAUUCAUCUCAUAGAUCACUUAGUUCAAGUCAAAGUUAGCCACUGGGACAGUCGCAUGCGCAUUUUAACUGCAAAAGCCCUCCACAAGCUGACAUCUAUGGCUCCAGACUACAUGGCAAAUGCAGUGCUUCCAGCCUUGUUGCCUAUGACAACAGGUAUUGACCUGUUCCAGCGACAUGGCUCUAUCAUUGCUAUUGCAGAGAUUACCAAUGCUCUCUUUCAUAUCCAGCAAAAAAUAAACAAAGGGGUGGAGUUUGUCUUGAACCCUGAGACUUUGAAUGGGCUAAAGGAGAUUGCCAGGAAGAUCCAUGUCUCCAAGUUACUGAGAGGACAUGGAGGGGAGCUGAUGAGAAAGGCUGUCUGUUGGCUGAUAGAAAAGUUGUCAGCUUCCAAACUACCAUUCCAUGAAGAUCCAAUCAUUGAUUUGUGGCAGGAAUUGCUUGAAGACUGCUUGUCUCACACUGAGCCAGAAGUACAGGCAAUGGCAGUGUCUGCAAUUCCAGCCUUCUGCACAGAAUACUUUAUUCAAGAAAAUGGAACGGUAAAGCCUAAAAAACAAGAUAUAAUCAUCAAAAACUAUCUGUCACAAUUAAACGCUUCAUUAGAACAGACCAGAAUGGGAUUCAGCCUUGCACUUGGUGCUCUGCCCCUUUCCAUGCUAAAAGGCUGCUUAAUGGAUGUUAUCAAUGGCUUGAUAGCUAGCACCAAAAUCAGAGACAAAGAAGAGAAAAUGGCAGAGGCUAGAAGAGAUGCUGUGAAGGCUUUGGCCAGUGUGUGCAAGACAGUUGGUGUCAAAAAAGCUGGCAGCCCUCAGUAUACCAUUUGUGAGAACAACAUCAAUGAGAUCUAUGCAGCACUGCAAACAGCCAUGACAGACUACACAAUGGAUAGCAGAGGUGAUGUGGGAUCUUGGGUGCGUGAAGCAGGUAUGACGGCAAUUGGUGAUCUUACAGAGAUGGUUGUGAAUGUGGAUCCCAGCCUUCUUCACCCAGAUAUGGUAAGACAAAUCUUCUGCAGUCUGGUGCAACAAAGUUGUGAGAAGAUUGACCGCAUGCGCAUGGUGGCUGGUCAGGUUUUCAUCAAGCUUCUGUACCUCAGACCUGAAGUGCCGCAUGUACCAAACAGAGCAGAUCUUUUGGAAAUUUUUCCUAAAGAAGAAAUAAAAGUUCUUAACUGGGCGCUUCCCUCGGAGACAUUCCCACGCUUUGCUCAGCUCUUGCAUUUUCCAACAUACACUCAGUCAACAUUGCUGGGACUUACUGUCAGCGUUGGAGGACUCACUGAGUCUCUAGUGAAACACUCAAGUGCUUCAUUGAUGAAGUAUCUGAAGGAUCUGAAGGGAAACAAGGAGGCUUUGGUCUUGUUUGCACAGGCACUGCUGGAUAUCUUUACAAAGUUCCAAAAAGUGGACAGGGUGUCAAUACCACUGCUGAAGAUGCUGGAUCAGUUGUUGGGCCGGCAGUGUUUUGAUGGUUUACCGGAGGAUUACAGGGAGAGCUUCCUGGAAAAGUUGCUGGAUCUGGUUAAGCACGAGACUGCACGUAGUGCCGAUCCACACAAACUCAUGGCAGCUGCUGAUGUGUACUGUGGUAUGCUUCAGUUCUCAGGCAAACCCUGCAGCCAGGCUCUAGUCCAGUUAAUGGUAUGGUUGUGUCACCGAUAUCCCAGGGUAAGAAAGACAACUGCUAACAAACUGUAUGAAGCAGUCCUGACCUAUGACGAAGUUGCACCCCCUGAAUCGACGGACGAGAUUAUGACGCUUCUGAGUGAAACUCGGUGGGACGAGCAGUUGGAGCAGCUACGACCUGUGCGGGACCGACUGUGCGACCUGUUUGGGGUGCCCAGGCCAGUGUUGAAGAAGAAAACGGACGACUGAGUGAUGCAGUAUUUACCUGCUUCCAGAAGAAGAGGCUACACAAGAGCUUACGAUGGAUGGAGAAUGAGUGUGUGUGUGUGCACAAUGAAUAUGCGUGUGUGUGGCAGAAAGCGUGCCCGCUGGUGUGUGGAUACCUGCUUACAACAUUACGCUCAUCCCAUUUACAGUAUUGGUGUGUUUGUGCAUGUACACUUGAUCCAUUUUAACCCUGUUUAUUUUACAUUUUAUUCCUAACCUUUUCUUCAGAGCGAAAAAAGCUUCAGUAAAACUCCGUUCUUAGACGUAAAAAACUAAAUUGAGACAAUAGUUUUUCAUGAGUGUCAAUAUUCAUCACGAGAUUGUUCAGUUAGAAAAUGCUAAUUCUUUAAAACUUAAAAAAGAAAACAAAAGAACAAAAACGUUGAAGUUGGUGCAGAUAGGGAAGUUGUGCGUAUUUGUAGUUUUCAUUUUUGUGUUCUUCUUUCAUUCUUGUGUUCUUCGGAGGAAAUUUGCUCAAGAUGGACGAUCGUUUUCCCACAUGUCGCAUGCAGAUUUGCCCCACCCCCUCCACGAUUAUUACUUGUAUUUUUUUUAGGUACUAUACGACUGAAAACUCUUUUUGCUAAGAAACCAUUGUCCUGGACUAUUCACAAACCACUAAUUCCUUAAUGCUAUGCUCGCGAAGGCUAUAUCUUCACUGUAAAAUGAGUAACAGAUCAUCACCACUUUCCCAUCCAUUCACCUGUCCAUCAUCUUUCUCUUUCAUUCACCCACUCACCAGUCUUUUUCCUCGUCGACCGAUCGUCAUCGCGAUAUAAUUAGCAGCUCGGAACAACCUGUGUCGUCUCUGUUCUUAUGAAAGUACAGAAGGAGCUGUAGGAAAAGAAAAUGGCACACGAAGAAGACGAGAGUGUUUACUUGAUGGGUCGGAGUCAAGAAAGGGGUUAAUUAGUGAUACAAGAGACAAUAUUGCUGGCGAGCUAAACAGUACUGGAACAUUUAGGGCAUGCUGUUUUCUGUUAGCGGUGGCUGGGGGGAGACAAGAGGAGAUGGAGGUGUGGGGAGAUGGCGAUGGGAAAGCUCUUUUUUGCAGGUGUUUUCUGACGGUGAUUACGCAAGACGUAUGGAGAAGUUAAUCUAUAUUUCAUUUGGCAAGGAGGCUGGCUGAACACAAGACUUCUAAUCAAUUUCUCAAAGGUUCACUGUGCGUCUUGGCCUGGAGUCAUUGUGCUAGUCACAUAGCAGGUCCAGCUGAAACUAGAUCAGCAAGCUUCUCGAGUUCCCCCGGCCCCUCUUCUCCAACCCACAUGAACAUGCAACCUCGCCAUCGACUUUCCUUCACGACCCACUCCGUCUUUUUCUUUUUUGUCUUUUGAAACUAGACUAUUUAGACAUUGUAACCAGCUUCUCCUGUUUUUGCCAUGCGGUGCUGUCAAGUUAAAUGACCGAUACAGCAGAAGGAAUGUUUUGUGUAACAGUUGAAUUUCAAAAUAUUUGCUCGUCUGUGAUUUAUGGCUGUACUGCUGUUACGAAAUGCUGAUGGGCUUUUUUGCGUUUUGCUGAGAAUAAAUUGACCUGGUCUUUUC